CUCUCUUUCUCCCUCUCCCUCUCUCUCUCUCUCAAAGACUCCCAAUUUGAAAAUUGAAUUCUCAAGUUCCUCUCUUCUUGAACCGUGCAGUGCCUCAAGAAUCCCGCCUGCUUCAUUGGCACCUUCCUCAUAAAUUACCCUCGAUUACCCGGAAUGGUAUUUCCGAUUUGAUUUGAAUUUUUCCCCUCGUUGACUUCCCAGAAGAGGUGGGUAUAUAUCUGAGAGUGCCCAUUUUCUAGGGUUCCUAUUCUAGGGUUUCUAUGCUCGUUUGAUGAUGAUGAUGAUGAUGAUGAUGAGUUUUUGAAUACUCGCUUACCCACGCACCCCCAACCCAAUACCCACCUAUCAGUCGAAUAAUAGGAACAAUUACUAUUGCGUUAGCUAUGGCAACUGGAACUCUAUUUUUUGAUGAUGUGCGAAGUAAAGCUGAGGUCACUGAUUCCCCCCAAACAAAAGACAUGAUGGAUGUUGGCGAACAAGUCAAUGAGACCAUGCAGAAUGCUUUAAAGCAUAAUACAACAGCCUCUAGUACUAAUGUCCGUGAACUAUUGGACUGCCCAGUCUGCCUAAAUGCUAUGUAUCCACCGAUUCAUCAGUGUUGUAAUGGUCACACAAUAUGUUCUGGAUGCAAGCCUAGGGUACACAACCGGUGCCCAACUUGCAGGCAUGAGCUCGGCAAUAUUAGAUGUCUUGCUUUGGAGAAGGUCGCUGCAUCUCUUGAGCUCCCUUGUAAAUAUCAGAGCUUUGGGUGCAUGGGGAUAUACCCUUACUACAACAAGCUGAAGCAUGAGUCCCAAUGUGGUUUCAGACCCUAUAACUGCCCCUAUGCCGGGUCAGAAUGUGCAGUGAUUGGUGACAUUCCCUCCUUGGUGACUCACUUGAAGGAUGACCACAAGGUAGAUAUGCAUGCUGGGAGCGCCUUCAACCAUCGCUAUGUCAAAUCAAAUCCACACGAGGUUGAGAAUGCCACGUGGAUGCUCACGGUUUUCAGUUGCUUCGGGCAGUACUUCUGUUUGCAUUUUGAAGCAUUUCAGCUGGGGACAGCGCCUGUCUACAUGGCAUUCUUGCGGUUCAUGGGGGAUGACAACGAGGCCAAAAACUACAGCUACAGUCUGGAGGUGGGAGGGAAUGGGAGAAAGCUAAUAUGGCAAGGGGUGCCAAGAAGCAUUAGGGACAGUCACAGGAAGGUCCGCGACAGUUUUGAUGGUCUCAUCAUUCAACGCAACAUGGCACUCUUCUUCUCUGGUGGAGAUAGGAAAGAGCUGAAGCUCAGAGUCACCGGUAGGAUAUGGAAAGAACAGUGAUUUGUUCUUUCAUUUAAACUGCUCUCAAUGAGUCUUCUGGCAUUGUACUUUCUCUUUGGUCUUUCGAAGCAAAAACUCUUUUGCUUUAGGGCAUAUAUGUUCUAUGUCUCUUUUGUCCAUAAGAAAUGGAGUUCAUCCCUGAAAUGUUUUUCUUUUUGAACUGUUUACAGAGCUUCUGUUUUUUGUUCUAACUACAAAAAAUCAACACUUUGGAAUAAAGCCAAAGUUAUUACUUAUUACUAGCACUUUUUAUGACUGAGAAAUCAAAAAUUGCAUAAGAUUCAGUGCAAACAUAUAAAUUCUAGCUAGAAUGAGCAUAAAUAUUGUUUGAUUUU